AUGUCGUUAUUCACUGGGUUUGCAGGUGGGAAAUGGUUAGGAUUUGUCUCAGCCAUAUGGGUUCAAGCAAUCUGUGGAAACAAUUAUACUUUUGCCAAUUAUUCCGAUGUAUUGAAGAGUCUAAUGGCUCUAUCCCAGAUGCAGCUUAACAAUCUCUCCGUUGCUAAAGAUGUUGGCAAGGCUUUUGGUGUUUUAUCUGGUCUUGCCUCUGAUAAUUGGUCAACUUCAGUUAUACUCAUGAUUGGAGCCAUCAUGGGAUUCAUAGGCUAUGGAGUUCAAUGGCUUGUUGUCAGCCAGAGAAUCAGUCCACUCCCUUAUUGGCUGAUGUGUAUAUUCAUGUGUAUGGGGGGCAACAGCUCAACCUGGAUGAACACCGCAGUGCUUGUGACUUGUAUGAGGAAUUUUCCACAAAAUCGUGGCCCGAUUUCUGGUAUUCUCAAGGGUUAUGUGGGACUCAGCACAGCAAUCUUCACAGAUAUAUGCACUGCUAUGUUUUCCUCAGACCCCUCUAUGUUUCUACUAAUGCUUACCAUUGUUCCUGCUGUUAUUUGCAUUAUUGCUGCUCUUUUCCUUCAUGAAUCCCCACCAGCUUCCACUUAUGCAGAAGAGAAUCAAGAAACUCAAUUCUUCAAUAUAUUCAACUUGAUUGCAGUUGCAGUAGCUGUUUACCUCUUGGCCUUUGACAUCAGUGGACCUCAUGGCCAUGUUCUUUCCUUGGUUUUCACGGCAGGACUUCUUAUCCUGUUAGCCAUGCCACUUCUUGUUCCUUUAUAUUUGGUCAUCUUCAAACCAAGGUCUAAUCUUGACAAAGAAAAACAGAUUCAUGAACCAUUGCUUGCCCAAAAAAAUUUAGCAGAAAAGGAAGAGAGGCAGGAUAAUGAAGUGAGUGCAGGCACCAAGGUGGAGGAAGUUGAAAUAAAACAAAAACCCAUGAUAGGGGAGGAGCAUACCAUCAUUGAAAUGGUAAAAACUAUUGAUUUCUGGGUUUUGUUUGUGUCCUUUCUAUUUGGCGUAGGAACAGGACUUUGUGUGAUGAAUAACAUGGGUCAGAUGGGACUGGCACUUGGUUACUCUGAUGUUUCUAUAUUCAUUUCAUUCAUUAGCAUAUGGGGUUUCUUUGGACGCAUUAUUUCUGGUUCACUCUCAGAAUACUACAUCAGAAAAUCAGCCAUACCAAGGCUAGUUUGGAAUGCUGCUUCUCAAAUUUUGAUGGCUCUGGGUUACAUUGCAAUGGCCAUGGCCUUGCCAGGAUCACUUUAUAUUGGUUCAAUGUUAGUGGGAAUAUGCUAUGGAGUCCGUUUCACUAUAACACCAGCAGCAGCUUCAGAGCUAUUUGGCCUCAAAUACUAUGGCUUAUUAUACAACAUCCUCAUCCUUAAUCUUCCUAUUGGUUCAUUCAUCUUUUCUGGUCUCAUUGCUGGUUAUCUUUAUGAUGUUGAAGCCACUAGUGUGCCUGGAGGGGGAAACACUUGCAUUGGAGCACAUUGUUACAUGCUUGUGUAUGUGAUUAUGGCCUUUGCCUGUGUUCUGGGAUGUGCAUUGGACCUGUUGCUUACAAUUAGAACAAAGAAUGUCUAUUCCAAGAUCCACCUAGAGAGAAGCCUUGUCAAUUCUAUAGUACGCCCAUGUUCAACACAGAGAUGA